UAGAUGAGUUAGUCUAUGCUGCGCUGCGGUGUAUCCUUGUCUACGAAGAGUCAUUUGAAGCAACCGUGAGAAAAUGGAGCGCAAAGAUCAGCAAUCCCCACAAGGGGAGACAUCUCGGAUUCUUGUGGAAUUAUUGGAAGUCGCCAUCAAUUCGAUUGUUUUCCUCAAAGGGGUUUAUCCUUCCGGUGCUUUCGAGAGGCGGCGUUAUAUGAGUGCUGUUGUUCACAGGGCUCGGCACCCUCAACUUAGAGAUUACAUCCAUUCUGCAGUCAGUGGACUUCUCCCUUUUAUCGAAAAGGGAUUGGUGGACAGGGUAGCAGUUGUAUUCUACAACAGUGACAGUAUCCUAAUUGAGAGAUUUUUGUUCAAACUUAUGGUGAAUCAGUCUUACAGGUUCAGGGUGGAAGCGGCUGACCUGGAGUUCUCUCUUAGGUCAUUUUUAAUGAAGCUCUCAGUGUCUGAAUCCCUCACUAAGGUUCUCCCCAGGGGCUGCAAUUGGGAGAUAACAGCUUAUUUCCGCUCUCUCCCUGAGACUGGAACAAGCAAGGAGGAGUUGUGGGUUCCGACAGACACAAAGCAGUGGCAACAGCCUCCUCUAAUAACCCCAAUCAAGUCUAUGAGCAGUGAAUCUCUGAGUUUGCAAUUGUAUUUAGAACAUCCAAGUGUGUCUGAACCAAAACCACAGUGAGAUCUGAGCACCAGCUUGCGAGGAACCAAAGAACACCCCCCACUCCUUUGGGGGAUAAGAAGAGCUUGUAAAUAUGGAGUCACAAUUACAUUUUCAGAAGUGAUAAGGGUAUAUUCCUGUUCUUUC